GCACUUUAAUAACUCCGGAAAAUUUUGGAAAACCAUACAAAUCAUGGCCUGGGUUCCCAAAUCCCGCUUCGAGCACGACCUAGUGCGCAUGGAGCCGGAUUUUAACCUGAUCCAUGGACAGAUCGCUUACCAGGAGAAGAAGAAGAUGGAGUUAUCAAGAGUACCAGAACCCAGAAGUAUUAGUGAAUAUCUUACGGACAGUAAAGAUCACCAUGGAUCGCCGGGCGGAAAGGGGCGGGAAAUCCGCGACUGUCUCCAAAUGAUGGAGAAAAUCCAGAAAAUAGCGGGCACAAAGCCGCUGGGGGAGCAUGCUACCAUGGAGGAUUGGGAGGACACUCGAACGGCGGAGCAGGAGGCGGUGGCCAUGAUGCGGAACUUUGGGAUGAUGUCCAUGAGCCAGGAAUCACUACCUUACCUACCGGAGAUCAGCAUUCCAGAGAUUAAGCAAGAAGAAAGCCAGCGUUUGUUUUUAAUAACUGAUCCUGAAUUCUUCACGCCACGUAAGACACGCAAACCAAAGGAUCUGGAACCAGCGGACCACAGUUCCAAAGAUUCCGCGGAUGAUUCCUUUCACACGGCCGAAAGUUCGAGCAGCUGCAUCUGGCUUUAUGGACCUGGAAAGUCCCAAGUGAGCAGAGCAUCGGAAAAGCAGAACCAGGAGAGAAAGCGGGAAAAGUCGGACACUUUAUUUAGUUAUAUCCAGGCGAUCCCAGUUGAGGCGAUCCCAGUCAAGGGAAAAAGGAAGAACCAGAGGCCUUCCCAAAAAGAAAGACGUCGCCUGCAGCAACAAACUAACCAAUAG